CAGUCGCCACGAAGCAUCAUUUCAAGGCAUCAGUUUAUCUAUCGCAAUAGUUUACUUUACACUAGUUACCGUUUCGUCGUAUUGGUUUCCGCAUGGUGGUACGAAGAUCUUCGAGACGACAUCGAUAUAAAUUAUUCUGGCAACACAGUCCGGAAAGAAAUCCAAAUCAAUCAUCCGAAGUAGAAGAAGUGGUGCCUAAACGUUUUGUUCGUGACUUGAUCUUCACCACUUCCCCAACAGUUCGUUGCAACAGUACAAGAAGAACAUUUAUUCGUCGUUGAUUAUUCUUUACCCACAGAGGACAAUACAAAUGGAGACCGGCGUGGGCCAUCAACAUCGAUCACUUCGGCUAUUGUUACAGCUGGUGACGCGCUGCUAGUCCUAGUACACUGACACGACCCAUUAAUUUCCUGCUCUUCAUCAGCGACCGCCAGUACACGACCACUUGAACAAUUGAAGAGAUACACGACCCCGUCGAACACCCGUGUCCCGAGCUAUAUCAGCCCCGUUGCGUCAUGGUGCUCGACAACAGUCUAUCCUGAGUAAAAACGUGUCUACCCAGUGGUCAAGUUGGUAAUUCUGCAACACAAAUCUCCAACUUUGGGGAGGUGUGCAUGACAAAGACAAGGAGAGGCGCAUUGUAAAGACGCCUUUUUGUGCUUUGUACAGCAUUACGAAUCUUCCCAGAACACGACUACAAGCACAAAUUCCUCUCAUGCGGAUGCGCAUGACAAAUGUUGUUCUGUUCGUGUUGAUGCAAAAUUUUGCAUGACAACUCCGGGGUGGAGACCACGUUUUUGCGCGGCAUACAUUCCUUCAGAUUGUUCGCGGCUCUUCAGGCUGGACCAAAAAGCCGUGCUCGUCCGGGAAGACGACUUCGAAGCGUAUUUUGGGCCACUCCUGCGAUGGGCGGCGCAACAAGCAGAACGGAUGAAAAACUUGGAUGCCAACAAUGGAGCAGAAGCGGUUUAUUGUGCUGCCACCUCAGGAGGUAGUAGUAGCUCAGCAGCAGGAGCAUCGUCUACUUCAUCUUCUUCCACCCCCGCCGUACAAGUAGCAUCAGCUUCCGCAGAACCGGUAACAGUACCUUUGCUAUGAACUACAAAAGUAUCGUACUCAUGUAAAUGCAUUACAAAUUUUCUCAGCAUGAGAAAUAGAAUCUGUAAUGCUGAUUUGCCUUGACAAGGAAAUUUGCAAUCCAAGACCUGCAUUAAUACGAUUACGAUACUUGUUUUGCACAGCAUACUUGCCACCCUUCCGGGAUUUCAACGAGUUUUUCCUACUGAACACCGAACGUGAGGUAUCAAAAUGAAAAAUCCCCCCUCCCCAUACUAAAAAGGGAUACUCCUGAAAAUUUGUGAUGCUGAUUUGUGGCCACAAAUCGUCUCUGUAUUGCAUGAAGGCAAGAACUCCAGAGACUCCGCUGCGUUGUGCAGGCAAUUUGUAAUGCUGUAGCGCCUACAGAGGACGUGCCUGCCUUGCUAGGUGCCUACAGCAAAACGCCCCUCCUCAGGCUGCGCGCCUGGCUGCAGUCCUCUACUGCAACACAAAGCCGAUUUGUGUAGACAAAUCCCGCAUCACAGAUUUCCAUUUUGAUAUGGGGCGGGGGGAUUUUUCAUUUUGAUAUGAGAAGGAACGGCGCGCGCUGGCGCAGCAGCGACGGGAAGCGGCGGAGCAGGAGAAAAAGCGGCUGCUGGGAUCCGAGGACGAGAGCGAGGGCGACGAGCCCUUCUUUCCCGUAGUACGACGACCGCCGACGAGGAAGAUUGAAACAAAACGUCGACCUCGACCGUUGUUGCACCCCGGCGGAGGUGAGGAGAAUCAUGAGGACAAGGUCGAACGUCUGCGGAGGGAGCAGGAGGAGAGAGCGGCUCGAGAUAAGGCAAUGUGGGAUCCUGACAACCCGCUGAAUGAGAUGGCUUAUCUGCAGUCGCACCAAGCGCUCGUUUUCCACAAGAGCGCCGUUGUGACGAUCGGGCCAGACGAGGAGGCCCAGGACUUGGCCGUUGCCGCCAUGGAUGCGCAGAAGGGCCUGGUGGUGAAAAAUCUGGCUUCGGGUUUGGGUCUGUCCGUUCUGAUGUCGCAGACGGAAACGCAGGCGAAGAAAGAACAGCAGACCGAAGAGGACGAGGACCUACACCCGGUCGUGAAGACCUUGAUACAAGAAGCGAUAAGGAGCAACCCGCGCGUCAUCGUUGACGAAUUUGCAGCUUGGCACGCAUCAAUGCGGAGGGAAUCUGGGGAGUCGGAGCUGUGUGCGGUGAAUGAUUUCUUUUCUCCUGGGGAUUUUGCAAAAAUGUCGGACCGUGAGUACGCUGCAGUGGCGCUGCAGCGGGCUCAGGACGUGAAAACGUUCUGUGACCAGGUGGAAGCGUAUACCACACUAUACGAGCGGACGCGGACCGAAGCGGACGACAGGCGCAGGGAGGAAAAAGAUCAGUUGAAUGACCACUAUCUUAAUCAACAUCAGUUGGGGCUAGGCCGCGAUCCUUUUCACAAAACGAAAAGUGGUCCUUCGCCGCUGACGAAGCUCGCGGCACAAACUGUGGAGCAGCUCCCGCCGGGAUUCAUACCCUUUGUCGAGUUCGAGCUGAUGCGGCUGGACCAGGGCCCGGUCGUGCCCGGCGUCGACAAGCAAUCCGCCGAGUGCUUGGUGGAGACCUUGCUCCUGUCACCCGACGAGGAGCACUUCGAGACGGGCCGUCACCGGGCCCAGGUCCGCGCGACGUUUGAAGGCGUCUUGAGCCGACGCGCGAUGACCCAGCUCGGGAAGUUUAAAAUCAGUGCCGGAGAGCAAUUUUUGCAGCACCUCGGCCUUCCACACAAUCUCCUAGAACACCGCCUGUCGCCCUUUGUCGAGUCGGAGCGGAACGAUUACGGAGUACCACGGAAAGACAAGCAGGCGCAAAUGUGGGUACGUCCGUCUAGGGUGAUCGCAGAAAGCGGACUAUCCUACGAAGACGAUCAACUGUCGAUCACAUCAACGCCUUUCCCAUCCGUCUGGACGGCCGAGCGGACGGCGCACGAGCAGUGGUGGCUUUCCAACUUUUCACCGGCAACCGAGGACGAGCAUUUCUACGGCUUUCGAAAGCAGCACAAACUCUACAAGGAUUGGAAAAUCGCAAAUUCACCAGACCCAGAGGAAGGAAAAGUAUCAAACGACCGAGCCAGCUGUCUGCCUUCCGUCGAAGGGUCGGCGCACGAUACGCUCUCGUUCGCCUUUUCAACGAGCAUUUCCGGCGGAGAAGAGGGCAUCCUGAACAUCGGCAUGUUCAAGCGGGAGCGGGAACCACCAGGCACGGCAAAAUCUUCGCGUGCGACCAGUUACAGGGAUUUUUCAUGCUCCACCAAGCGGGGGCGGGACACUAAGCGGUAUGAGCGACUUUGGCACGACCCGCUUGAUUUUUUCUUCCUGCCGAACGCCAUCGACACGCGUAUUGACCGAGAGAAGAUAUGUCCCGAGGAUCCGUCGCGACAACGCUGGGGGGUAUGGGUCAGGGCUCGACACUACACCGAGGAAUCCGAAUCACCAUCGCCAGUAUUUGGAAUGUCAUGGAGAAGACGUGGCCCAAGCGAGCACGUGAAGGAUGAUCCCACACGGACACGGACCGAAGAGUUCUACUUCGCGACGGAGGAAGAAGCAGAUGCGUUCGUGGCCGAGUUCGAGAUCUGCUGCAGAAUCGCACGCGAGUGCCGAUUAUCAAAUGCAAAAAUGUCUGGGUCUGGAUCUGGAAGGUUGGAACUUGUCAUGCUAAAUCUGAAUCAGGCAAAAAACUGUGUUGCGUGAUUGCCAAAAGUUGUGCACUUUUGACCUGAUCGAGAGGCAGUCUCUCAUGCAGGAUAGCCAUUGGAAAGGUUUCGCAGAAUCUGUCUUGCUAUGUCCUGCAUACCAGACCUCAUGGGUUAUGGAAAACCUGCAUGACAAGUCUGGUAAUCUUCCAGACCCAGACACUUUUGCAAUCCAUACCGAUACGCGAAGCCGGUGGUAGAGAUGAUGAGCAUGUACGAGCACGUCAAGAACAAAACCGUAUCGUACGAAAAAAGUGUUUCACUGUAAGGGAAAACAAAGCUAAAAAUCCAUUAUUUUGUUGCAUGUGUAGCAUGACAAACACUUCUUCGCAGAUGCAUUUUCUGCAUUACAAGUUUACAGUGAAGCAAUUUUUUCUUGCGAUGAACCGGAGAGGACAACUACUGUUCCUGGUUUACCCACGUCUACCCCGACAAAGCUGGUGAGAAAAAGUGCAGCCGCAUCUCCUUCAUUCUCAACGAAGAAGGAUUACCACUGCUCCUAUCCACUGCGAAUAUCAUUUCCGGGUCUGGAAACCUGUGAUGCUGAUGCAUCGGGGGAUGGGGAUAAUUGCAACACUUAUAUUUGGAGCCACGAAGCAUGACAACUUUAUUAUUUUCAUAUAACGCUCUCUGAACCUGAAGCGACGUAGCACGCAUGACAAGUAUGUGUUUUUGUAUCACAGAUGAAAGUUUGCUUUUGCCUGUCACGGAGAAGAACAGAGAUUCUGCUGGCCGCAUGCCCGACACGCAAUACAAACUGAGCUUUAAUAUUCUUUCCAGACCCAGACAUAUUUGCAAUGCAUAGUGCCCCACCGAGACCGAGGAGCUCGACCAAGACCAGGAAGCCGCAGAGGAGGAGCCCAGCAGCGAAAAGCCGCUCGCUACUCCCGACCUCAACACUGCUACGUGGGCCGAGGUCGCACGCGUCGUCUUUGCGCACCGCCUGAAGCAGCAGGGGCGAUUAUCAAGAAGAAAAGUCCCCCCUCCCCAUACCAAAACGGAGAUCUGUGAUGCAGAUUUGUGGUCACAAGUCAGCUUUGUCAUGCUAGGAGGAAAGACGUGCGGAGUGUAGUGCUGGCUGGCGUGGGAAAGCCUCGCGCCUUCAGCAUGACAGAGAGCAACUGGAAGUGGGAAACAGCAUGACAGAUUGCCUGCAAACGAGGCCACAAAUGCGGCUCUUGGCCUUCUGGCAUUACAAGUCGAUUUGUGUACUCAAAUACAGCAUCACAAAUUUCGUUUUCGAUAUGGUGGGGGGGCUUUUCCCUUUUGAUAGCGAUCGGAAUCCUGGUGUCCUUCCGUGCGAGACCCGAUCCGGUUUUAUUGCGUGUUUGCCGAGGAUAUGCAUUGCAAAUAUGUCUGGGUCUGGUAGUAGGGUGUAACUUGUCAUGCUACAUCUGGAUCGUGGCAAAAUUUGUGUUGCAAAUGACAAACCUAGCACUCUUCCAGACCGAGACAUUUUUGCAUUUGAUAAAGUAUGAGAAGGAAGAAGGUGAUGGUGAGGAAGUGCAACAAUGAACCAGUUGGAAGAUGAACUCAACUUGACGUGGCGAGGAAAAAGUAACAAAAUAUAAAUGUGCAAACCCAAAUCUUUUCUAUUCAAAGAAGAAAACAGCAAAAGUUAUGUCGAAGACUAUGAUUAUGAGUCUAUAUGUCGUGUAAUAAAAUUUCGUCGGAAGCUAGUUGAAUACGAAUACAAUUUCGACGAGAGCCAAAAACUUAUAUACUGUAUGAAAUUUGUGUUUGAUGGUGACAGGAAGUAGAGCGCUGUACCAAGAUACGAUAAAUCGGCUCAUAAGUAUUCCUUCGAGUGAUCUUGACCGGCCUUCGUCGACCCUCGAACACACGCACCUCAAUCAAAGAGCAAGGAUUUAAGCUUUUUGAUACAGCGCUAUGCUUGAU